CACAUGAUUCUUCAGGCGGCUUUGGUUCUUUUUUUUUCAAACUGCAACUAGUUUUUACCCGUUAAUACAACAUCUUCUAUCUCUAUAUUAAACACAACGACCUAACGAUAUUACAACAGUAAGCUCUACAUACCUACCUUACAUCUUCUAUCAUAUUGUUUUAUAGUCUAUCCUGAGAAAACCAGAGUAGAAAAAGAAAGCACAAAACUUUUUCAGAUUCUUUGGAAUGAUGAGAUGGGGAAGAAAUAAACCUCUUUCUUCUUCUUCUUGGUUUUCAAAGUUGAGGGGUUCGCCUGACUUGAAACCUGCAAAAGAGAAGAAACAAGAUGAUGGUGAAGCUAGACAUAACAUGUCUGCAAAAGAGAAGAAACAAGAUGAUGAUGAAGCUAGCCAUAACCUGUCUGCAAAAGCUUCCUUGAGUUCUACUACUAAACGUCGAAAUGAUAUCCAUGAGAGAAGCAAAAGCUUUCAGAGAGCAUCAGUAGAAAAAGAGAACGCUGCGUCAAGGUCAGCAGAUAUGGAGUCAAAGGAGAAGUUUGAAGAGAUAAUGAGCAGUGUGCGGAAGAAAGUAAGAGACUUCCAAAGAGAGAUGCGUAGCUUUCUGAAAGUUCGGGCAUUGGACAGAGACAAAGAAACUGUGAUCAUGACGCCAAGAACUCGGCUGAACAGAGAGAAGCAUAGAUGUGAGAGACGUGACCAUAGGCUUCUCGAACAAAAGCCAAAGAGAUCAGAACAAGAGGCAGAGGUCAAGACCAAAAAACCCAGAAGAAGGACAGGUACAUGGAGUUUCAGCAGAGAAGAUUCUGUAACUCUUGGUCAUACCGAAUCAAAACCGGCUCAUCAGUGGCAAAAGCUCAAGGAAAUAAAACUAAGAGAAUUAAAGCUGAAGGCUGACCAACAGAGGAAAUCUCUGUACCUAAGAAGGGAGCUAAACGGAUUAGGAACAAAAGAAAGCAACAAGGUAAGAGUCUUUUCACCAAGAGCAUCUGAAAAAUGCAGAGUUAAAGCUAUUGAAGACUUGAAGAAGUCUAAACUUAGAGCACGGGAGCAGCAGGAGCUUGUCAUGGAAGCAGCAGAUGAACGAAGGGAGAACAAAAGCGUUGCAGUGGUGAAAUGCUCAACCGAUCCUAAGAAGGAUUUUAGAGAUUCAAUGAUUGAGAUGAUUAUGGAGAAUGGUAUCAACCACCCUGAAGAACUCAAAGAGCUUCUGGUUUGUUAUCUAAGACUCAAUAGCGAUGAAUAUCAUGAUAUGAUCAUCAAUGUGUUUCAGCAGGUGCAUAGUGAUUUAAACUUUCACUAGUACUACUACAGAACAGUAAUAUAAAGAACCGUG